UAUUAUAGCAUUCUUGCAAAAAUAAAGUAUGCUAAUAUUAUGACUAAGAAAAAGGUUUUUAAACAAAUCAGAAAUAAUUCGGUCUAAAAUUAAAAUAACAAAUAAAACUACAAGAUGUCAGAGAAAGACAAAUCCAAAUCGGGUGGUCAAGCUAAGCACAUUCCCAAAGAUGCCCAAGUCAUCAUGUCCAUCAUGAAGGAAGUAGGUAUCACUGACUAUGAACCGAGAGUCGUGAACCAGCUCCUAGAAUUCACAUACCGCUACGUUACAUCAGUAUUAGAUGAUGCAAGGAUAUUUGCAAACCACGCAAAAAAGAAAACUAUAGAUCUUGAUGAUGUGAGACUGUCAGCUCAAAUGCAAUUGGACAAGUCCUUCACGAAUCCCCCGCCCCGUGAAGUGCUACUGGAGAUCGCGAGGGUCAAGAAUGUUAAUCCUUUGCCGUUGAUAAAGCCGCAUUGCGGGUUAAGACUGCCUCCGGAUCGUUACUGCCUGUCAUCCUGUAAUUACAAACUGAAACCAGCAACCAAGAAAGUGAUCACAAAAACUACAAUAACCCCUUCCCCGUCCAUAAAAACGGUCACCACAUCCAAAGCACCUCAACAGACAGUUGUUAUGAAGAGACCACCGGGAGCAAUUGUGAAUGUGGGCACCCCAAAAACCAGUCUCGGAACAAAACCUGUAUUGAAAUUUUCAUCAAGCAGUAAAGUAGUAAAACCAGCUGUAAGAGUGACAGCUGGUCCUUCCUCACAGGCUCCUAUCAAGAUGGAGACAGACGAGCCAAUGAGCCACAAACGGAAAAGAGAAGAUGACGAUUAUGAUCUAUAAAUAAUUAAUAGGAUCACGAUCUUUCUGUCUGGAAUCAACAUUUUGAUAUUAAAAAGUAUCAUGUGUUUAAUCCCAUGUUUGUUUAGUGAUUAAUUCGAUAAAACCUAAUGAUGCAAAUUGCUCAGAUUCUAUGGUUUAUAUGACUAAGGGUAUUUUAAUUAUUACUGUAGGUAGAAAUGAAAAAAAAAUGGAAUUUUUCCUAAUGGUUUUUUUUAAGUGAAUCGUAUUUCAAUGAAACCGCUUGCCAAAAGUUCUAAAGAUAAUAUAAUAACAGAAAGAUUUAAGUAAGAGAAUCUGAGAUGCAAAGAGUCACUGUCUGCUGUCUUACUGUGCCCUGUAAUUUAAGUAAGAUCUGGAGGUGAAUGCAUACCAUUUUGAUGCAUAACUAGAUUCUUUUUAAUUUGUGACCUUGUGAGCUUGGCUGCCUUGCAAAUUUUGAAUUGAAUUUGAUAUUAUGUUGUAGUUUUCUAGAUGAGAACAAGAUAUCUACAGCGAUUUAACAUACAUUUAAGAGGCAUUAAAACAGAGUAAGAUAAAAAUGCAUUCACAGAACUUGAUCGUCUACUAUUAUUUUAUAUCUUCAAAUUUUUUGCAAGUCAGUCAAAUGUAUCCAUUUUUUUCUACCUCCUGUUGCAUUAUUCACUAGCUAUCGUUGAUAGAUAUCAAUUUCAUGGACACAUUGAGCUCAACCUCUUUUUGUAAUAGGAAAUAAAAUCAAUUUUGUGCUAAGUUUAGGAUAAGUUAUAUAAAUAUUAAAGGUUUUUUUUAACUUUCUGUUUCAUUGUUUUUUUUAACUUUGUGUUUUAUUUCAUUCUUGUCUAGAUCACGGAUGAGCAACACGCGGCCCGCCGACUUUCUCGUUUCUGUUCUGUUCUUUUCUUGUUUGUUUUUAUCUUGCAUUAGUAAAU